AACAUGACGUCAUACAGGAAGUAGCAUUCAACCGGAAACUGAAACAAUACCGGAAACCUUGUGAUAGACUCGAUUCCUGUCGUUUCUUUGAGGAGGCUGAAGCAAGUUACCGAAGCACUUGAGAAGUAUGAUUGCAUUUGCUGUUCUCUGUGGCUGCUUUUGUCUCACAAUUGCAGACGAAUGCAAGCCUCCAAAUGGCAAUAGCGGUGACAAAGAUUCUGUCGUUGUUAUCGUACAGAAAUGGGAGACAAGGACCUCGAACUUUCACACGUCAGCUCCCGUGAUGCUCUCGUCCAAUGCUUACACCGUGCACAAGAGCGACACAGUCAACCGUGUGGGCGAGGCGAACAUGCGGUUCUAUGGCCAGCAGCUGUGCGCGGCCGUCACUUUGGUAACCGAGCGUGUGAAGGAUGACGGGACAUCGACCACUUCAACUUCUUGCAACUCGCAAUGCAUUUCAAUAGGCGGCCGGACAACACUUAAGCAAUAUGACGGCUCCGGGGGGAGAAUACAAUCCUCUGACCCCGUUUGCUGCUUCUGGGCACGUGACGUAGAGCUGCGAAUUUAUAUUCCGCCACCCCCCACGACCCCCCCGCCCACGUAUUCCUGCAUCCAGUGCACGGGAUGCGGGGAUAAAGACGUCGAAGCCCGGACAGUCGAUUGCCCCCCCGGUGAUAAAUGUUACACUUUAAAGCUACAGCGUGAAGCCAGCGCCGCGGCCACGGUGAUCAAAGGGUGCUCACAUAUGCUUCGUUACUGGGGUUACCGACUCGACUGUGAUUACGGUUGUAAGACUGACGUCAAGCUCGAUAAGGAUUAUGGGAGAAGGUACCACAGCGUUUGCGCCUCCUGUUGCUAUGGCGAAAAGUGUAAUCAGAAGAGUGGAGCGCUCAAGGGGGCUGGGCCGAGAGGGCCUGGAACAUGCUCAGACCUGGUUGCCAUGGUGACAUUAACGUAUGCGAUUAGUAGAUGGUGUAUAUGAUGAAUGAUAGAUGAAGUACUGAUGGAAUAUAUGGAAGUCAGUUUUAAAAAGCUUAAAGAGUUCCGUAAAUGAUAGGUUGAAAAUUUUUCACCGUUCUUACACUAAAAUCAUCCUUGACUAUAUUAAAAAAGGCUUGAUUUAAAAAAGGCUUGAUUUUAUUCGCUGACUCAGGUGUUGUAUGAGUUUUGUCAGCAAACAAGGAGAACGCCCUGCAAGAGAUGGCAUGUCUCUAUUACCAAGAAACGACACGGAAUAUUCAUAUUCAAUGCCCUGUGUAACUGUUUAUCAGACAUACAUAGUUAUUUUAUCGUCGUCGGCGAUGGAUUACUAACUUGACUUGUCCAAAAUACCCUAAACACUUUCUAUCGGUUCAUGGUUAGGUUAAUUGGCUGGUCAUUCUUCCCUUUCUAUGGAAUUUGGCAAGUUUUGCUGGCAACAUCUGAUAAGUAACUUGUAGCUUUGUGAACAGGAGUUCCUAUUUGAAUGUUAUGUUUCGAUUCGCUUGUUUUAGUAACUGAUCUUGGGCAUGAGAAUUCCUCGAAUCUUCUCGCUUGUAUAUUGCUUUAAUAAAUGUAUUUUGGACGA